CAUGAACAGCACUGUUCAUAAAAAUUUCUCCGUCUUUCUUGCAAGAGAGCUAUCGUAAUCGAUACGAACUUCUCGUUUCCGCGUCACCAGCCGAAAUGUAUGCACCAUAAUGGCAGUCGCGUUGUCCUGAAAGCACAAUCCACCCACUUCGGCAUAAUCAACAGACCCAUUGCUUUCCGGGGGAUUACUAGAUCGUUCACGAGAAUGGUCGAGCGGAAGUGUUCUAUAAGUCUACCGACCACUGAGAAAAACAAGAAUCUGUCCUGGGGGGAUAUCAUGAAUCAAGUUGCAAAAGAUAUGUUCUAACCAUAGCUACAGCAGUUCUUUCUUUUAUGUGUCCAACAAAGGUAUGAGCGAGUAGAAAGCAUGCAUGCAACGAACUUGCAUGGCCCUUCUGGCCGGAAGCGCUUCUUUCUUUUCAACAGCUAGGCUGCACAGGAUUGUUGGGUGCACACUGGAAUUUUAAAGAGGUCCGAAUGAGAUGAAGCAACGGCUCAAAGCGGAAUAUGCUACUGUAAGGCAACAGAAUAUGCACCUCUCUGACAGAAUAUGUUUUGGCCUCGCUGAAACAGAGCUGCGAGACGGGAAUCUAUUCACUCUUUUUACCAGCUGAGUGCAUACAGUAUUGCUGCUGCCUCAUCCCUGGCUGUUCUUAAACCCGCUCGAAAUCGCCCUGUGAGUUUGUAUAGGCUGUAGUGUAGUCCUUUCUGUGUAUAGUCCUCUCUUCCUCUUUGUUUGUAUAGUGUACAGGCGAUUUCGAUCCAAGGAACUUCCGGCUCGUCUGCGGAGUUUUGCAGAGAGGAGAAAUGGCCUUCCUGGCAACAGCAGCAGCAGCAGCAGCAGUGAUCACAUUCUUCUUUGCCAUUGUCAAUGUGGAUGCUCACCAGAAGAUGUCAUCGCACGGGAUCAUUGGAAAUGCUAUGGACGAAUCGUCCGGAACGGUAGUGUGGAAGGUCGAGAAACAGGGACUUUACGACUAUUUCAAAUGCGCGAGCAGCACCAGUAGGAGCAGCAACGCAGGGCAUUGCAAGAAACACAGGAUCAUCCAACGACUUCUUGCCGAAUCUCCAAAGUCGAGUCCAAAGCCUGGAUCGGGAACCAAGGCAACAUCACCUUCUUCAACGCCAGCAUUGGCCACUGCUCCAUCCACGAGAGCAUCUGCGCCCUCCACUGGCACUGUACCAACGGCUCCGGUUGCGUCUCCAGUUGUGGCCGCCGUGCCUCCAGUUGUGACGGCUCCAGUGUCGUCUCCACCUGUGGCAACUCCUCCAGUUGCGACACCACCCGUGGUUAUUACGGCUCCACCAGUGGCUACUCCAGUUGUGGCUCCUCCUGUCACUACUCCGGUUGUGGCUCCACCCGUGGCGACACCGGUAACGUCACCACCUUUGGCAACUCCAGUGGCGUCUCCACCUUUGGCAACUCCAGUCACUGCUCCGGUUGUCUCUCCACCUUUGGCUACUCCAGUUACUGCGCCCGUGAUAGCUCCUCCAGUCGCGACUCCAGUGUCAACCCCACCAGUGGCUGCUCCAGUUGUUACGCCCGUGGCUGCGCCCGUGGUGACUCCAGCGAUGGCUCCAGUUGCGGUUCCAGUGACAGCUCCAGUCGUGUCCCCGGUUGUUGCUCCCGUGGCGGCUCCAGUUAUACCUCCUGCGCCAGCCUCGUCUCCAGUUGUGGCUCCAGCUCCUUCUCCGAAGAAGCACAAGAGAUCCCCGGCGCCAGCUCCAGUUCCAGUCCAUGGACCGCCGGCGCCUCCUCUUUCAUCACCGACAUCUCCAGCUACCUCAGUGGAAGGCCCUGACUUUGCACCGAUCACUACUCCUAGUGGAGCUUUAAGAUCGAUGCCCGGAUCGCUACUUCUCAUGGCGUUUUCUCUGGUGCUGGUGGUAUUUGUGUGAUUUGUUUUUGGGCAGUUUUGGCAAUUUUUUUCUUUCUUUUUUAUUUUUAAAUUUCUUACCAGGGCGUUCUUGCAUGAUAAAAUAUUGAAGUAAAAUAAUCGUUACCAAACCAAAUAUAGAUCGAGGUUUCAAUA